CUGAGACGUAGUGGCGGCGCAGAACGAGGUUAAACACUUUUCACCUUUGAUACAUAAGUACGUCGGAUUGUAUGGAAAGUUGGGUUCCAAAUUGCUGCUGCAAUCAUCCAACGUCUAGUUGAAGAGUUGAUCGCGUAGUAUGAGAAUGCCGAUUCUCCAUUGAUCGACCCUGGGGUUUCAUAAUGACGUUUCGGCAACAUCAGAGUUCCUACAUUCAAACCAUUUUACUUGCGAGAUUUCUAAGAACAGCCGAUAACACACUUCAAUCAAAAUGGCAUCACGUUUCCUCCAAAGCUUUUCGCGUUCAGCGCCGACCGCAGCCCGCUCAUUGCAACAACGAAGCGAAGUCCUCGCACCCGUCCUUACCCGCACAUACGCCAGCAGCGCAGCGCCAGGCCAAGCAUCCAACGUCUCCAACCCCCAAGCAAGCAGCGCCGAGAGCCAGGACAUCAACAAGAGCGCCUCAGUCGGCCGAACAGACAAGAACGAUGGCGAUCAUGCGUCGAUACAGAAUCCAGUCAGCCAUCCAGAGCACGACCGAGUAGGUGCGACGGAGGAGACCACGGAGAGCCAGGACAACAUGAAGCAUGACCCGAAGGAGUCGGAUGCGAAGAAGAGGGAGAAGACGCUGAACUAUGGCCAGAAUAAGCCUUUGGAUGCGGCGGACAAGUAGAGGAUGUUGAAGGAAUAUAAUAGUUAUUUGUGGAGCCCGAGUGCGAGUAGAGAUUGAAGACCCAUCUGAUCGCUAUCAUUGCGACAUCCAUUCCGAGAUCAUGUCGUGAUUGUACGUCAAAAAGCCUCGUGAGGAGCUCACCAUUGAAUCCUCCUACUAGAAUACUGAACUAUGCUUGUUCGUUCAUCCUCCCUCGGUUGCGGACUCCUGAAUAUUCAAAGAUAUACUGGUAUCCUCGAUGGUA